CCGACAGACCCAUAAGCACCAACACAGCGUCAGCUGCGGAAACAGAGCUUUGGUACUUUGGGAGGGAGUUUAGUUUUAGUUUGGGCUGCCCGGAACUAAGUUAGGCGAGUUAAGCCCUGUCCUAAAUCCUUGUCGCGAUCAUCAAGCCCCCCUUGGAAGCUGGGGACAAUGGCGCCCUCACCCAAACAGACCUGGAGCCACCAUUGUUGUCCCUUGUUACCAGUAUGUGUCCUGUUGUCCGACUUCAAACCUACCAUGUGGCUCUGUCGUCCUCCUCAGCCACCGACACCGACGACCGACUCAAACAAUGGCACCACUCACAGGCGCGGAAAAGAUAGAUGAGCUGCCGCCCUACAGCCCGCCAGCGGCGACAGCGGCUGAAAGUCGCCGUAUCCUCUCUUCGUCAGUGCGGCGGCGGCAUCAUCCGGCUCUCCAACUUUUACCCCGCAGGUCGCGAACAUUGCGCGUUCUUGGCUUAGCAUGCCUCGCGUUCAUCGUCUACGCGCAAUGGAGGCAGAUUUACCCCGUGGGCGGCGUCUCCGGGCCGGAAUUUACGAUUCAUGGGCUUUCAACUCGCCAGCUGCGAGAGGAUCUGUCGACUUGCGGAAAACUGCACAGUCGACCGAAUGAUCCGCCUGGUUACGGGAGGACACGGAACGCCCGCUACGUGGACGGCAAGAAGCCCACAGUCAUCAGGAACGCAACUAUUUGGGUCGGGGAGCCGGUUGAAGGGUCUGCCGACUAUUCAUGGAUUUCAGCCGACGUGUUCAUUGAGCACGGCCUAGUCAAGCAGGUCGCUAAGGCCAUAGCGAUAGCCUCCUUGCCCGGAGAUGUUCUCGUCUACGAUGCGGGUGGGCGGCCGCUCACCAGCGGCAUCAUCGAUAUGCACAGCCAUGCUGCAGUGCACUCACUGCCAACACUCCACGGCAAUGAGGAUGUCAGCGAGCUGUCGAAAGACAUCACUCCCUAUGUCCGAUCCAUCGAUGGCAUUCAGCCGACGGAUCAUCAACUCCAGGUGAUCAAGUCUGGCGGCGUCACCACGUCGUUGAUUCUUCCUGGAUCCAGCAACAAUAUUGGCGGCGAAGCCUUUGUGAUCAAGCACGCCAUCGGAGCUGCUGAUGGACGCAAUGAAACAAGCGUAAUUGAUAUGCUAGCUGACCCGGAUCGCACUUGGCGGCAUAUGAAGAUGGCUUGUGGUGAGAAUUCAAAGCAGGUCCAUGGGAAAGCGGGCGAACGUGGCCCGUACAGCCGUCUCGGUGAAAGCUGGGAAUUCCGUCAGGCUUUCGAGCAUGCUACCAAGUUGAUCCGCGAGCAAGAUGACUGGUGCCACGCCGCUGCUCAAGGUCUUGACAAUGUCCAGACUUAUCUCAGCCACGAUCUAGAAUGGGAGGCACUGGUUGCGGUGCUCAGGGGCCAAGUCCAUGUUCAUGCUCACUGCUACACCAUCAAUGACCUUGAAGCCUUCGUGGAUCACACGAAUGAGUUCAAGUUUCCUAUCCGCGCAUUUCAUCACGCCCACCAGACGCAUCUCGUGCCCGAGAUCCUCAAACGGGCGUGGGGAAACAAUCCACCAGCGUCCGCCCUUUUCGCCGACAACAUGUGGUACAAAGCCGAAGCUGCUAUGGGCUCGGAAUACGCAGGAAAGCAUCUCUACGACGCUGGACUGACGCCCAUCUACGUGAGCGAUAACCCGGUGCUCAAUGCACAGCACGUCGUGUUUGAAGCUGCGAAAGCGUACAAGUAUGGCCUGCCUUACCACGCUGCACUAGCCUCCGUCACUACUGCCCCGGCUGAGAGGCUGGGGAUGGAGCAUCGCCUCGGCAAAAUCAAGCCUGGCUUCGAUGCCGAUAUCGUCGUGUGGGAUAGUGACCCAUUGAGCGUUGGGGCUACGCCAGUCCAGAUCUGGAUUGACGGUACUGCUCAAUAUGACAAUCCAGUCAGACUUAACAAGACCUAUGAGGGUACCAUAAUUUCGGAUGAGGGUCUCGGCGAGGUCACUGAGAAGCCUCAGAUUACGCGGGGCGACGUUGUCUUUACAGGAAUUUCAAAGGUACUACACUCCGCGACAGUGAGUGGCGUAGCAGCCGAUGGGAAAACAUACAACGUAGCCGUCUCUAACGGCAAGAUUACUUGCGUUGGAAGCUGCGAAGCUGAGCUCAAAGUCGCGUCUGGCCAUGAAGGUGCUCUAAUUCACCUAAGAAAGGGCUAUCUUACACCAUCUUUUAUCGCCUUUGGCUCAACUCUCGGUCUGAACGCUAUAGACUCGGAGCGAAACACCGACAACGGUGCGGAUGGGGGUAAGUUCAGUCGCGGUGUUGACGGGCUCGCCCUCGAUACAGAUAAACUACAAGUUGCCCACCGCUAUGGUGUCACCAGAGCCAUUUCGGCCCCCAAGUUCACAGCUCUAGGCACGCAUCAUGGCACAAGCACUGGAUUUCUCACCGGGACUGGAACUACUCUCGACCGUGGUGCUGUGUUUGCUCGCGACGCUGCUGUGCACUAUACUCUCGAUCUUUCCGCGAAAAGCGGAGUGGAUGGAAUUUCAUCCAUCUCAGGAGGUGUUGGCGAGCUGCGACGGAAGCUUCUCAAGGCAGUCUCAUCGCUCGCUGCGAAUGAAACUAUCCUUGUGGAAGACCGAUACACGGAGGUUGCGUUUCUCCGAGAAGUCGUCGAAGGGCAGAUGGCACUCGUGGUGACUGUGCACAGCGCAGACACCAUCGCUGCUUUGUUAGACGUCAAAAGUACCGUGGAAGAGGCUCUGUUAGAGCUCGUAGAUAGCCCGAAGAGGCUUCGUUUCGUCGUAUACGGUGGCGCCGAAGCUCACCUGGUCGCUGACGCCUUAUCUACAGCCAAAGUGGGAGUUGUUUUGGCACCAAUGCAGUCUUUUGCGGUUUCUUGGGAUCAGCGACGGGCGCUUACGGGCGCGCCUUUGACAAACCGCACAAGUGUAGAUGUCUUGAUUCAGGCCGGAGUUGAUGUGGCUAUUGGCCUAGAGGAGGACUGGAUCGUGCGAGACCUUGGCUUGCUCGCGGGUGCGGCGUACAAAAAUGGCGAAGGGCGGCUGGAUGAGAAGUCAGCAUUGGACCUGGUCGGAAGGAAUGUGUACAGGAUCCUUGGUCUCGAGGAUGAACUUGAGGAUGAGCACUUCGUGAUACAUGAAGGGAGUCCGCUUGAGAUCGAAUCUAGGGUGCGGGCUGUUGGUGACAGAGGACCGGGCCUAUUAGUUCUCAUCUAGGAAGGCGUCACUAUCGGAGAGAGCACUGGAGAAUUGACUGCACAUAGUGUUCGACAAGAGCCGUGAUUGAAUGGAACUUUCCACGAUCUAAACAGGCGCUCUCUUGGAAUUGGUAAGUCAAACCCCCCACUUCCCGGCACCCCCCUGUUUCUGGCACCCACAAAAACGCGAAAAUCCACCACAA